AUGAAAGAAACGAUCAUGAACCAAGAAAAGCUCGCCAAGCUCCAGGCCCAAGUGCGCAUCGGUGGCAAGGGAGACUUAACAUAACCCUUAUGUGGCUCAGUUUCUGGGUAGUCAAGGUACUUAAUUUCAUCUCUGUAAUUUUAUUAGUUUUCAAAUCUCUGUGUGUGCUAACCUGACAGUAGCAGGGAAUGAACAUCAAGCUUUCUAGACAAACAACUAAACUUGUGAGCUGUAGUCUUCCAAGUGUUAGUUUCGUGUGAAUUUGUCUAUUAACGUUUCUUGUUUGUUACUGGAUUAUGUUAGAAGUAUUACUGUCCAGCCAAUUUUCUGACUUUUACCAGUUGACUCAAAAGAUAUUGCAGCUGUUUAUACAGCUGGGCAGCAACACAUUUCAUUAGUGCUAGCAUGUAGCAGAUGUGCAACUGGAAUAGGAGAACUUAGAUUAGUAGUUCUAGUGUGUCAAAAAGGAGCUUAGUUUCACCUGUUCUGAGACAUUUGCAUGUCAAAUUUUACUGAAGCAUUAUGAUUGUGCAAGGAAGUAUAAAUCGACACUUUCUUCUUUUUCAUAAUUAUAGAUAUAUUGUAAUAUGGGGCAGUUGUUUCCCUUGAGAAAUCUAGAGCUCUAUGUCUGUAGGGGAACUUAACCUUUGCUUUUUUUUUUUUCCCUUUCUGAACAGGGUUGGUUGGUCUGGAAUACUAUGUAGAACUAUUUCUUUUAAUGGUACUGCCCGCAGAAAGAAGAAGGUUGUCCACAGAACAGCUACAGCAGAUGACAAGAAACUUCAGUUUUCUUUGAAGAAACUGGGCGUCAACAACAUUUCUGGAAUUGAAGAGGUAAAUAUGUUUACCAACCAAGGAACGGUCAUUUACUUCAAUAACCCUAAAGUUCAGGCAUCUCUGUCUGCUAACACUUUCACUAUCACCGGCCAUGCUGAGACAAAGCAGCUGACAGAAAUGCUUCCUAGCAUCUUAAAUCAGCUCGGAGCUGACAGUCUGACCAGCCUGAGGAGACUGGCAGGAGCCCGACCCAAGCAGCCUGUGGAUGGAAAAGCACCACUUGCUACUGGUGAUGAUGAUGAUGAUGGUGAAGUUCCAGAUCUGGUUGAAAACUUUGAUGAAGCUUCAAAGAAUGAGGCAAACUGAACUAAGUGACACUUUCUGAAUAAAGUUAAAACUUGAAAAAGUUACAUGGAGUUGCUAUUUUAUAUUGUGACUGCUAAUAUUUGAUUUUAUUUUUAUUUCCUGAUGAGAUACCAAGAUUUAUAAUAUUUGGAAACUCCUUGAACCUACAGCUCUUUUUUGGUUAUUGCCUGUACAUAAUGUUAUUUUUGUGGCCUAGUUGAAAGAGCCUGUGCUUUGAAAUAAGUCAGAUUGCUAAUGAAUCUUGGCCUAGACACAAUUUUUGGGUAACUUGCAUACAAGCAAAAAUCCUAUCUUUAAUGAACUUUGGCAUGCAAUAAAAAAAUAAAAUACA